AUGUUUCUCCUAGGUCUUUUCCUGUUGCUUGUGACGGCGGCUGUGUGGAAACUUCUCCCCGCGCUUGUGGAGCACCGUCGCAAAUGCCGCCUAGCGAAGAGCUUCCCCGGCUGGCCCGCGAACUGGCUGCUCGGGAACCUACCCCAAUACUUCCCACAUGAGAAACUCGUCUUUAAGUUUCGCGACUACAUCGCGGCCGAGCGUCACAAGGUGACUCGGUCGUGGCUUGGACCGUUCAAACUGAUCAUCAACAUCCACCAUCCCGAGGCCGCGAGGCAGGUACUCAAGACACCGAAAUCGAAGAUGGUUCACGGGAUCUUUGCUCCCUGGCUCGGCGAUGGGCUCCUGCUUACCGAGGGAGAUAAGUGGGCUCGAAACCGGCGACUCCUUACGCCGGGUUUCCACUUCAGCAUCUUGAAACCUUACGUUUUGGUCUACAACGAAUGCGUGCAAACGCUGGUCAACAAGUGGACAGAAAAGGCACGCUGUGGCGAAUCUUUUUCGGUGUUCCCAACUAUGAGCCUUCUCUCUCUUGAUAUCAUACUGAAGUGUGCGUUCAGCUACAACAGCAUGUGUCAGGAAGUCGGGAGCAAGCAGCGUCCUUACGUCAGUGCCGUCCAGGAACUCUGCGGACUUAUAUUUGACCGCGUCUUGAACCCGCUCUAUAUGUCUGACUGGGUGUACAGCCUCACACCAGCAGGCAGACGGAUGAAAAAGCUGUGCAACUUGGUUCACAAGCAUGCAGAGAGAGUCAUUCAAGAACGGCGCAAAGCACUGAAAUUGGACGUCACGGAAGGCAAGAUAGAACGCAAGGAGGUCUUCGCUGCAGUGGCAAAGCAAGGCCGUUAUCUUGACUUCCUCGACAUUUUGCUCUCUUCCGAAGACGAGGAAGGAAUCGGCCUCUCUGAUCUCGAAAUUCGUGAUGAAGUGGACACAUUCAUGUUUGAAGGGCACGACACAACUGCCACUGGCAUCAGCUGGACCCUUUACUGUCUUGCCAAACACCCCGAGCACCAGCAAAAGAUACGAGAAGAGGUGAAUCGUGUUUUGGACGGCCGUGACCGUGUGGAAUACGAAGACCUCAAGGAGUUGCAGUACACACUGUGGUGCAUCAAAGAGGCCUUGCGUAUCUACCCACCAGUGCCUAACAUACUGCGAGAGGCUGGCGAAGACACAGAUGUGUGUGGCCACACCAUCCCAAAAGGAGUGCUAGUUGGAAUCUCAAUGUAUUCCAUUCACCACCAUCCAGACAUAUGGGAGAACCCAGAAGACUAUGAUCCGUUGAGGUUUCGUCCCGAUGCUGUCGACAGGCGAGAUCCGUACGCUUUUCUGGCAUUUUCUGCCGGUUCUCGAAACUGCAUAGGGCAGAAUUUCGCGAUCAACGAGAUGAAGGUUGUUAUAGCCACUCUCAUGCAGCGAUUCCAGGUAUCGCUGGAGGGUGACGAUGGGAAAGAGCUUGAGCUCAUUCCUCCUGUUAUCCUGAGACCAAAGGACGAUGUCCGCUUGAAAGUUGAGCUAUUAUAG